AAGUCUCUGCACCCACCAACUCCGUUGAAAAAACUUCGACAUGGUGGUCCUUUUUUUUUUAGCUGGGAUGCAAUCGGAAUUAAUAACACUACUGUUGAUUGUUUGCAGCACUAUCCUCUUCGCCUAAUCAUGCGCCUGAUGAAUCCUGUACCCAAACAUCGGGACGUUAUCUAAUUACGAACCAACACAGUUUAUGACCCAAAUGGUACAAUUGUCUAGAACACUGAACCCUCCAGACGGAAAAAACUAAAAAUAAACUAUGCAGCUGACCUUAUAGCUACAAGACAAGAAAGUAGGUCACAACAAGCGCCAUACGUCGCAUAACAGACUUACUGUGUCACGUACAUAAGCAGUGAUGCAACUGAGCAGGCCUACACUGCACAUUUAUUCGUUGACAAGUAGUCAUAACGCGCAGUGACAUUGCGAACGAUAGGAGUAAAAGCGGUUGAAAACUAAGAAGAGGAACGACUUGUUUACUAUGAAGCUGUUAAUAAUCGUGCAAGUAGCUGUUCUGUACGCUACAUGUCUGCAUGAUGUCAAGGGCCGUGAAUCCACCACCGAGGAGUCCUCAAACGCGGAGCCGUCUGCCCUUUUCAAGAGGAAAAUGCAUGCAUAUCUCACACAACUUGAUGUCAACAAGGAUGGCAAAUUGGACAAACGAGAGUACGUGGAUUUAACAACAGAGAGAAGUCGACAGGCUCUCCCUUCUUGGAGGUCAAAGGUCGUAUAUGCAAUUUUGUCUGCUUCUUGGGGUACCUGGUUUUCAAACGAACACAACCAAUAUAAGCAGUCAGUUACAGUCGAUGAAUGGAUUGAAUUACUCAAAAUUGCCAAUGCAAAUUUCACGAGUAAUUCAAAAUUCUCCGAAUGGUGUGAGGACUGGUUCGAUACCAUCAAUUUGGAUUGUGGUGAGGACAUUUCUGUUGAUGAGUUUGGUAAAUUCUUGGUGAUAUUCCAUAGUGCCUUGCCACCGGAAGUGCCAUUCAAUACCACUGAUCAAGAUGGCAAUGGCGUCAUCACUGGGCAAGAGUUCGCAAAUGGUUGUGCCCAAUUUUAUUACAACCAGAACGACCCCGAGACAGCUUUCUUUUAUGGAUCCCCGGACAAUUAGAUAACGACAGCGUCAAAGAAGAGCAAUUGAUGUGCCACAUUUUAUAGCAGCUUUUGCUCAAUAAAAUUAUGAGUAAAUAUUUGGUUAGCACAUGAUAACAUUUUUUUAUGUUCGCUAUUGUUUUGU